UGCCCUCCAUCAAUCCCUCUCUGUGGAUUACAGUAGACUUGGUGACAGUCUAUAAGGGAGGCCUUGCCAUGACUAUGCAAACAUUGAGAGGAGGGUGGCAAAUACACGUUUGUGGACAGUAUCCUUUGUUAGUUCAUGAAGAAUGUAAGAAUGCAGUACAAUCACUCAAGUUUAUGGGACAGAGCAUAAACAACUUGGGAGUCAGUCCAUGCCCACUGGGCACACACUGGUUGAAUCAAUGUUGUUUCCAACCAAUGUGGAAUAGGCGUGAAUUGACAUCUGUGGCGGAGUACAUUUCCUUAAAGUAUAUGUAGGCCUCCUGCUUAUAUUUUUGCUAGGAACCUUGUUGUUGUCAAUACCAACGCACAGACACGUAUCCAUAUCCAAACGCUUUCAGAUAUGACAAUUCCAAUGCGCCCUCCCCAUUAACAAAAAUAUAUUUGAACUAUGCAGAGGGGCAGGAAAAAUCACGGCACUCUCAAGAGCGUCAGUGCGCUCCCGUCUCACAAUGAUUUUGACAGGCAGAGCAGCGUGGUGAACAUAUCGCCUCCUGUGCUUGUGUAUUGUAUAGGAUCUCUAGUGUGCGCCCAAAUACACAAAAGAGCUGCAAAGUCGCUGAAUAUUGGAUACCAUUUAGUGACGGAUACCCACUCAACAAAGAUCGAUGGGAUAGCCUACAUUGAUGAUUUGGUAACAGUUGCACUGCCACCGCGUAAUGGCAUGACGCAUGGAGAUGCAAUGUUGAAAAUACUUUAUCCUCAGUUGCGGUGAAGUAGAUUUUGACGUGGAGGUCACAUCAAGAGUUUUUUUUAACCUGAACUAUAUCUGUGAAAAACAACAGGUACCAAAGACAAAAAAAACUGUUCUGAAUGCAAGAACGCCAUCGAGUUCCAAGUUCUGGGCGAGGGACACUGUCUGAAUGUGAGACGCAACGUUUCCAUACCAAGGACAUAGCCGGGCUGCGGUUCUAUAUCCAAAACAUAACUUGUACAUUGGAACAUUUUUGUUUGAACAUUUUAUUGUGGAAUAAUCCUGGAAAAGCCUUAAGGUUAUGCGCGUUCCUGGCGCUUUGUUUACUCGUAUUUGUAUCAAUGUUAGGAGGCAAGACUGAGCAAGUCCGAGUAUGGGGGAAGAAACUACACAUAUAACCUAAAUCAAAUCUAAUAACAUUUUAUUGGUCACAUACACAUAUUUAGCAGAUGUUGUUGCGGGUGUAGCGAAAUGCUUGUCUUAUAAACCUCAUUUUGCCUUGGGCCUACUUGUUCAGCGGUGGGAAAUAAAUGUCACUAACAAUGCAUGAAACUUAAGACGUUGAGUCACCUGUAACUCAUCAUACAUGACCCAAAGUCUCUCUGCUCCAUUAGGUUUUUAUGUCCCCCCUUCUCACACACACACACACACACACACACACACACACACACACACACACACACACACACACACACACAGAAAAUAAAGUGUGUUCAUGCAAUUGUUUGUUUGAACUGAUAAAGCAUUGUUUGACAUGUCCACAGAUGUGCUCAUCAUGAAAUAAUCAACGGAAUUAUCCCACAAGAUUGCAGCAUAAAUAUUUUGGGUGAAACUGAAAGGAUUUGGUGGAGAGCAGAACAGAAAGGCUUGGCCGCAUAGAGGGAGGCGCCUUUAGUGCUCUCCUGAAACCAAAGCCUUUGAAGAUUUUUUUUUUUAAACUUCAAGCAAAGAGGACACAACCUGAAAAGUUGGACGCAUGAGAAUUAUGUACCUUUAACGGACAUCGUUGUGUGAAUUUUCACCGCCAAGCCAUGCUCCACAGCCGACCAGGGGCUUGCUGGGGGAAAGUGUCUGACCUCACUGGCGCGCACGCAGAUUGGACUAAAACGCAUUGGAUAGCAGGUGGGCCAAGAUGGAGGACGAGGAGGAGAGACAGACCAGGGGUGACCACCAGACCAUCAGCAGGUGCACCUUACCACCUGAGGAAUGUGAAGGUGCUGCUGUGGGUUGUUGUCUCUCUGCUGCCCCUGGUGGAGGGGGCCUGUAUGGGCGCUGGUUUGGAGGCAGACUCUGUCCAGGCUGUGGGACUGGUGGGAGGGAUGGGGGAAAGGCAGCUCCCAGACACUCUACCUGAGGUGGAUGAGGAACAAGAGGAGAAGAGUGACCCGUACUCCCCCUGGCAUGGCCUCUAUGACCUCUCUGUGAUGGACGAAGUGGACGACCACCCUAGUGGCCGGUGGGGGAGACGUUCCCCUCGCAACUCCGACGCCGAACCAAAAGGCUCAGCCAAGAAAAAGAAGAGGAGGAAGAAGAAAGAGAGGGAUAGAAAGGGCAAAGGGAAGGGCCGGCAGCCCCAGCAGAGCAGUCCAGACUGCAGGGUGGAGAAACGAGAGAUGCGGGUGCGGGACUUGGGCCUGGGCUUCGACUCGGACGAGAUCGUCCUAUUCAAGUUUUGCGUGGGCUCCUGCCAGUCGUCCAGGACCAACUACGACCUGGCUCUAAGGGCCCUGAUGGAGGACGGGUCCCUGCCGCGGAGGACCUCCCGGCAAGUCAGCGCCCACCCCUGCUGCCGGCCCGACAGCUACGAGCCCGUGUCCUUCAUGGACGCCCACACCGCGUGGCAGACCAUCCAGUCACUGUCGGCGGCCAGCUGCAUGUGUAUGGGCUGAGGGAGCCAGCCUGGAGGAGGGAGAAUAGGAGGGGGUGGCGACUGGCUGUCACUCACACCUGCCUGAGAAUAUACAGAUGGUGGCUCGCCGUUGAGGCUGGGUCUAGGGAGAGCCUCUGGGUUCUGGAAGGGCAGAAGUGGUCGCACCGAAACAUAUGCAGCGGUGCUGGUCCCCAGUACAAAGCAGAAUGGAGAUUCUGUAGUGUCUAUGAUGAUGGAGCGAGGCCACGCCUCUUCCCGUUGUCAAUUUCCUGUUGAGGAUAAGUGGAUUUGUUGGCAAUGGGAAACUGUCAUGAGUGAAUGGCAAGACGGUGACCACACAAUGGUGGGAUUUGAAUAUUCACAGCAGUUGGGAUAUGUAUAAGACUGACCUGGGGUACUGCUGAAAAUAUUGACUCAAAGGUCUCAAAGAGGACCACAUCUCAUUGCAUUUGACCACAGGUCGACAAGCUCAAAACACUUUUGACAAUGUCAACAUACAGUAUGUUAAUUCCUUCAAAACAGAGAUCUUCCAUACCAUAAUUGCAUUUUUCAGUGUUGACUUGAACUCUACCAAAUGGAUGCCAUGCAUCCCUUUGAAUUACUGUAUUAUAACCAACAUAUUUAUCACAAAUAAGUUAUUUAUUUAUUAUUGUUUCAUAUGAGAUGGACUGUAGAUUUAUAUUUAUUGUCAUGAUCACAUAUCCUGUGGGUUGUGUUGCUGGGUCCUUUGUAAUUGAAUUGUGUGGGAUGUUGUUUUGAAACAUCAAAAAGAUCAGAAGAAGUGGCAAGAACCUCAGCCAGGGUUGGGGGUGUAACGGAUUACAUGUAGCGGAUUACAUUCUUUAUAAACUGUAAUCCGUUACGUUAACAGCAAAACUAUUGUUAUCAGAUUACAGAUACUUUUGAAAACAAAAUGAUUACUUCUAGGAUUACUUUGACCCCAUUCACGUCCUUGUACUAUAUUUAGUACAAUAUCAAAAUGCACCACUGAACAAAUUCUGUUUGGUGUAAAUGCAUGAAAUGUGGCGUCAACAUAGUUACUGCAAGUGUCUAGACAGGACACAUUGAAAUGUGGCGUCAACAUAGUUACUGCAAGAGGACACAAAUCAUGACAAUCAAAAUUGGGAUUUUGAGAAAAUCUGAAAAAGUAAUUAAUAUGACUAUGUAUUUUGAAAUACAUUUCAGAAUGAAAUAGUUGAAAAGCAUAAAGUAUUGUUAUGUGACCUGUUCAAAGCCCAGAUAUAUGAUUCAACUCCUUGUUGUUUGUGAACUACAGACGUUUCUGUAUCGUACAAUAGUUCCUCUUUGGUCAAGUGAAUGUUCAAAGGAUCAGAUCUUUAUUUUAUUGAACUUUUAUUUAACCAGGCAAGUCAGUUAAGAACACAUUUUUAUUUACAAUGACAGCCUACCCCGGCCAAACCCUAACCGGGAUGACGCUGGGCCAAUUGUGCGCCGCCCUAUGGGACUCCCAAUCAUAACCGGUUGUGAUACAGCCUGGAAUCGAACCAGGGUCUGUAGUGACACCUCUAGCACUGAGAUGCAGUGCCUUAGACUGCUGCCCCAUCUUAAUAAUGUUUGGUAUAUAGAUUUUCUGGACCAAUAUAUACAUCUAAAAACAAUAUCUAAAGACACCCCAGCAGUGGACAAAGUACUCAAUUGUCAUACUUGAGUAAAAGUAAAGAUACCUUCAUAGAAAAUGACUCAAGUAAAAGUCACCGAGUAACAUCCUAUUUG